AACACUUGCAUUGCUAUGUCAAUGUGGUCUUAGCAUUCAGUCAGUGUUCGAACGUCGGUGGUGAAAGUACUGUGACAUUUGUGUUGUGAUACCAAUGGCCUGUAUUCUGUGAGGUGUCUUGGGAUCUUAUAUUAGCAGAUCUAAUUUGGGAAUUGAAAUGUCCCCAAACAAAGAAAACAUCAUGCAACCAGCAACGCUACAAGAAGCCAUCAACAUCAUUAAAUUCUUAACAACAUCACACAAGCAAGAAAUAGUAAAACUAAAGGAGUCUCUGCAAAAGCAGGCAGCUCUGAUAAAGAAACUAGAAGCAAAUAGAAAAAAGGAACUUGAAUUUUUGUCGAGUGAACUUCAAAACUAUGAGGCGAACUUGGCGAUAAGCAAAGAAACAGUUAUAAAACAAAUAGCAGAGAAAGAUGAUAUCAUACAGAAGCAGACGGAAGUCAUCGAGGAGCUUAAUAGAAAGUUAAAACUCCACGAGGAACUAAGUUUACCAGAAAUCAACAUCGUGGCACCUGUCGAUUCCAAUUCUGACUCGGGAGUAGCAAUGGAUGAAAGCAAUCUGAAGUCUGACACGAACAAGAUCGAAGCUAAAACAACUAGAAAAUAUAGCAGAAGAUUUGCAGAAUCCAUUAGUUUCUUAAGAAGAGUAGAUUUUUCACCUAUGAAAUAUAAACCAUGUAAUCGUGAGUGCACUAAAAAGAAAGAUGAAAAGAAGUCAACCAGUCUAGAUAUCCCGUACACAGAUAAAGGGUUGACUAGACAACUUAGUAGUGAAAGAGUAAUGAGCGACGAUGACUCUUACUUGUCGGCUGAUCCAGUGCUUUCAGAUAGUUUGAUAGAACCAUUAGUAAUUAGGCCAAAGAAAAUGGAUGAUAGCAUGAAUAACCAUUUCUCUGAUGACGGAAGCGAAGACACCAGUGAAGAAGUUUUCGAUAGAGUUAUGACAAGAAGCAGCGUCAGGCGAUCAGUGAAGGCGAAUCCGAAAUAUAAGAAAAUCAAUCGAACGAAAUCGAAACUUUUAGAGCAUGUAAAAGUUAACAUUAUUGAUUAAUACGUAAACUAAGUUUAG